AUGUCGGACUAUCGCCCUCCCCGCGACUACGUGUGGUGCAACCUCUGUGUCCGCACUCUCCACCGCAUCAUGCCAAUGAUCUAUGGCGACCUCGAGGAGUGCAACCUUGCCUUUGACCGUUCCGUCCGCGUGGUGCUUGCCGCUAGUGCAAGAUCAUGGCCGUCCAGCUCGCGCAUCGGCCGCAGGCGUUCCAGAGGAUAA